ACGCAAAAAUUAACAAUGUGGAGGAGAUCAGCAUCUUUCAUCCUCGACAAACGGGCAAACGACGCCGUACAGCCACCGACACCCGUCUCUCUCCUCCCUUCCUCGCAGUCCCCUCCCCCUCUCUCGUCGCUUUCCAUGGCUGGCACCCCCCAAAACCCUAACCCUAACCCUCGACCCGAUCCCAUCUCCGCGUAUUACCAGACUCGCGCGGCGCACCAUGGAGUCGUCACCAGCGAUUGGCUCGCGCAGGCCGAAGCCGCCGUCGGACGCAAUCCCGACCACGGCCUUCCGGUCUCUCCCGGAGUCGGCACGGGAAAUUCCUUUAGCGUGAUUGAGGAGUUUAACAGAUGGAGGAAGCAGCCCGAUUUGGCGGAGGCCGUGGCGGCGAUUCGCGCGCUCGCGGCGGUGAUUAGGGCAAGCGAGGCGACCACGAUGAUGGAACUCGAAAUCGAGCUAAAGAAAGCUUCUGAUACCUUGAAAUCAUGGGAUACGACCUCUAUCUCCUUGACAGCAGGAUGCGAUCUAUUCAUGCGAUAUGUGACCCGCACUUCUGCUCUAGAAUAUGAGGAUUUCAACUCAGCCAAGUCUCGCUUGCUCGAACGUGCAGAGAAAUUCGAGGAAAUAUCUUGCAAGGCACGGAAAAUAAUAGCGAUGCUUAGUCAAGAUUUUAUAUUUGAUGGGUGUACUAUACUGGUGCAUGGGUUCUCCAGAGUUGUAUUUGAAGUGCUGAAAACGGCGGCACAAAAUAAGAAACUCUUCCGAGUUUUCUGCACAGAGGGAAGACCGGACAAGACAGGCAUACUACUGGCCAAUGAGCUUGCAAAGCUUGAUGUUCCGGUAAAGCUCGUGAUAGAUUCAGCCGUGGCAUAUAGCAUGGAUGAGGUAGACAUGGUAUUUGUUGGAGCCGAUGGUGUCGUUGAAAGUGGAGGUAUAAUCAACAUGAUGGGUACAUACCAAAUCGCCCUGGUGGCUCAAAGCAUGAACAAACCAGUCUAUGUGGCUGCGGAAAGUUACAAGUUUGCUCGGCUCUACCCGUUGGACCAGAAAGACAUGGAGCCGGCCUUACGACCCGUUGAUUUCGGGGUUCCUAUCCCUUCAAAGGUAGAGGUGGAGAGAUCGGCUCGGGACUAUACUCCUCCUCAGUACCUCACUCUCCUCUUCACUGAUCUUGGUGUUCUCACACCAUCAGUAGUAAGUGAUGAGCUGAUCCAGCUUUACCUGUAAGCUCAUUUUGAAGUGUCGCUGUUCACAUAACCUCUUUUGCCUGAAACUCAUGCAUAAGCAGUAAGUAGCAUAAGAUCGUUUCAGGUUUCAGACCAAACCCGAGUUUUUGUUUUGUUGUUUUUGUACGGAGCAAGUAACCAACCGAGUUGUUAUAGCCCUUUUCUCUGGCCGACCCAACUGAAGGAGAAUGA